ACUGCCUGCGUGAUUUUGGCAUUUUGUCUACGACUUCUGAAACCUUGAUCCGAACUCAGGUCUUCGCACCCCUGGUUGCACUCUUGGUGCCAGGUCACAUUUCUAGCGGAUGACUGCAUGUCGAGAAAGUGUUAGAUGGUCCGAAUCUCGCCCUCAGUGCUGACAAAGGCGACGACGGCUGCUGCUUCCACAGCAACUCCCCGCCCCGCAUGCUCUCGAGGGCGCCCCUGCCGCUCGCAAACUAGCGUGUUCCGUUCGAGGCACCGCAUGGGUCACUGGUAGAGCUGUUUCGUUCGGGCACGGAUCGGCUUCAGGUCAGCGACGCCACGAUGGACGGCGGCGGCGAGGACUGCGUGUACUUCGGGCGCGCGCUGGAGCGCGUGGAGGACGUGGGCGUGCGGAAGCUGCGCGCGGCAGUGGCGGAGGGGCGCGCGAAGCAGAUAGUGCCGGUGUGGCAGCAGGAGGCGCGCGACGACGCGGGCAGGCGGCGCUUCCACGGCGCGUUCACGGGGGGCUUCUCGGCCGGCUACUUCAACACCGUCGGGACCAAGGAAGGCUGGGAGCCGGCGUCGUUCCGGUCGUCGCGCUCCAACCGCGCGGAGCGGCACGAGCAGCGGGUGGCGGAGCUGAUGGACGCGGACGAGCGCGACGAUGCGGAGCGCGCGGCCGUGGCGGUGCACAGCGCCUUCGACACCUUCGGCUUCACCGCCGCUGAGCUGGCGCGCACACACGCACUAGCGGACGGUGGCCGCCGCCCGGCCGUGAUCCCUGGGGGCAUGUUGGAGGAGCUGAUGGCCCCCGUGGCGGACUCCGUCGGCAAGGCGCUGCUGCGGCGGAUGGGUUGGAGAGAGGGCAGGGGCGUGGGGCCUGACGAGGUGGCAGCUUCCAGGAAGGUGCAGCGCGAGGGAAGAUGGGCGAUGCUGGCGCUGGCAGGGGCAGCAGCGGCAGAAGCAGCGGUGUUGGAACACCUGAGGGCGCCCAAGAGGGACACACAGGGCGUGGGGUUUGACGCCUUCAAGGGCGCUCACGACGUGCGAGAGCACAGGCAAAGGGCAGCAGGAGGUGCGAGAAGGGGAGGGGAACGUUCUGGGGGAAGGGCGGCAGGUGGGGGGGGGAGAGGGGGAGGAGGGCGGCAGUCGCUGUUUGGGGCGGGCAGUGGGCGGCUGGCGGGGGGGUUUGGGAUUGGGGCUCUGGAGGAGGGUGGGGCGGAGGACGAGGACAUCUACGACGCGGAGAUCCCCGCGGGCGACCUGCACGAGGUGCACGACGAGGACGAGGAGGAAGCGGGUGUGCGAUUUCGAGGAGGGGGCGGGGCAGAGGCAGAGGGCAGGCAGGGGCGGCGCGGGGAGCAGCAGGGCGCGCCGUGGAUGGGCGGCCUGGAGGCCCUGGAUCAGGCGCGGGGGAGCAGCGGGCACAUGCUGCGGGGCUUCUGCGAGGGGCGCCUGGCCGUGGAGGAGUGCAAAUGGUACACUCCCCCCCACGUGCCCGCCUCCUUCACACCACACCACACCUUCCCCUCCUCCCCCUCGCCCCUCUCCACCGCACCUGCUUCCACCACGCCAGCACCGCCCCCAGCAGCCCCCCCGGAGGACCCUUCUCUGCGUGCAGCCGUAGAGGGCGUGGCAGCCAUGGUGGCGCGCUGCGGGGCGCACGUGGAGGGGGUCAUGCGCGCGCGCGCCAGGGGGGGGAGGGGCGAGGGGGAGAAGGGAGGAGAGGGCGGUGCAGCCCAGCAGCUGUCGUUCCUGGUGGGCGGGGCGGGCAGCGCGUACUAUGAGCAGCGCGUGUGGGAGCUGAGGGAGAGGCAGAGGGCGAGAGAGGGCGGGGCAGCAGCGGGCGUGGCAGCGGGGAAGGCUUGUGGGAGUGGGAAUGGUGCGGUGCGGCUGGGCCCUGACGCCCGCGGCAUGAUGCUGGGCGAGCACCCGCUGCCUGCCUUGAAGCCCCCCCUUGCAUCGGCACCACCAGCAGUGCCUGCGUCUGCCCCUGCCUCCGCCCCUGCACCUUCCUUUCUUCCUCCCCCCGCCCCUGCCGUUUCGCCCUUCCAGCAGCACGGGGCGGUGGCUGAGCUGGCGGCAAUGAUGGCGUCGCGCUUCCACAGCAGCGGGCACGAGGAUGGGAAGGCCAAGCGCGGCAUGGCCACUGAGAGGGCGGCGGUGGGUGCUGCUGCUGCGGCAGGGGCAGAAGCAGCGCUGGCAGGGGCAGGCGCAGCAGGGAAUGCGGCAGCAGCAGGGGUGGCACCGGUGGUGGCUCGGCGGCGGGAGGAGGCGUGGCGGCCGCUGCCUCUGCUAUGCAAACGAUUCAACCUGCCGGACCCGUUUGCAGGGAAGGCCCCUCCUCCCCCCCUCCAUCGCCCGUCGCAGCUCGACACGCUCACCUCCUUCCCUCAGACCCGCCCCUCAGCUGCUCCCACCCCCACCCCUCCCUCCUCCUUGCCGCUCCUCUCCCUCCCUGCCCCCCCCUCUGCUGCUGUGACCGCUGCUACUGCUGGGCGUUACGGGGGAGUUGAGUGGGAGGAGGAUAGAAACAUUGGAGAAGUCGGGGGGGAGAGGAAGGAGGAGGAAGGGGAGGAGGAGGAGGAGGAGGGGCGGGAGGUGGCGGAGGCCAUUGAGAACCGGCCCAUGGAUCUCUUCAAGGCCAUCUUUUCAGAUAAGGAAGAUGAAGAUGACGAUCCCCAUGCCACGUCAGCAGCACCGGCUGGCAUUGAUGACGUGGCGGCUGCAGAAGCUGCCACGCGGGCGCUGGCCCGGCUGGAGGCGGGCGACUUCCUGGAGGGGCUGGGCGAGGAGCUGGGGCUGCAGGUGGACCUGGGGGAGGAGGCAGCGGGUGGUGAGCCGGAGGGCGGGAAUGGUGGUGCUGGCACAGCAGGGAGUGCAGAGGAUGUGGCGGCUGCAGGGGGGGAGGAAGGUGGGAGGGAAGGCGGUGGAGAGGCGGCUGGUCGGAGCGGGUGGAGUGAAGGGCGAGGGGGGGAGGAGGAGAGAGAGACACAGCAAGGAGGCAGUGCAGGCCGUGUGGAUGACGCAUGGGGUGGCACAGGGGAUGGUUUUAUUGGGAUUUGUGCACCUGCUGCAGUGGGGGAAGGAGGAGGUGCUGUGAAGAGGAAGAAGCGCGUGCUGACAUCAUCAUCAUCGUCUGGUUCGGAUUCAGAGAGCUCUUUGUCUAAGGGAAGGGAAGAGAGGAGGAGGCGGAAGGAGGAUGGGGAGAAGAAGAGAAGGAAGAAAUGGUCACAUGCGAGUGAUUGGGAGAGGAAGCGACGGAGGCGAAGGAGGAGGAAAGACAGUGCAAGCGACGAGAGUGAAGAGUCAGUUGAUGCGGAGAGGAGGAGGAGGAAGAAGCGGCACGGGAAGAAAGCAGCACGGAGCAAGCGACACAUGAAAAGCCAUCUCAGCAGCGAGAGCAAUGGGAGCAGCAGUGAGGGUGACUACUCUGGGCGUGACAAAAGUGAGAGGCGGCACAAGAGCAAGCGACGACAUGGUGAGAAGAGGGAGCACUAGAGGCGAAGGCACUGACAUCAGGGGCUAUGUGUGGCUUGGAUUCACGCUUAAGGGUGACCAGCAGUCAGGGCGUCUCACCCUCAUGCUGAAUGGCGUGUGGUAUUUGUGGGAUGUACGGUACUGACAAUCAUUAGUCUCAAAGAAAAACUGAAUGAUUGCAUAGAGGGAGAGAACAAGUGUAUAUACCUAAGAGUGUUGUACCCUCUAAGAGAAAAACUGAAUGAUUGCAUAGAGGGAGAGAACAAGUGUAUAUACCUAAGAGUGUUGUACCCUCUAAGAGGUGACCCUAUACAGUCUAUA